AUGUACAAGUACAUGUAUGGUACCAUGUACAAGUACAUGUAUGGUACCAUGUACAAGUACAUGUAUGGUACCAUGUACAAGUACAUGUAUGGUACCAUGUACAAGUACAUGUAUGGUACCAUGUACAGGUACAUGUAUGGUACCAUGUACAAGUACAUGUAUGGUACCAUGUACAAGUACAUGUAUGGUACCAUGUACAAGUACAUGUAUGGUACCAUGUACAGGUACAUGUAUGGUACCAUGUACAAGUACAUGUAUGGUACCAUGUACAAGUACAUGUAUGGUACCAUGUACAAGUACAUGUAUGGUACCAUGUACAGGUACAUGUAUGGUACCAUGUACAAGUACAUGUAUGGUACCAUGUACAAGUACAUGUAUGGUACCAUGUACAAGUACAUGUAUGGUACCAUGUACAAGUACAUGUAUGGUACCAUGUACAGGUACAUGUAUGGUACCAUGUACAAGUACAUGUAUGGUACCAUGUACAAGUACAUGUAUGGUACCAUGUACAGGUACAUGUAUGGUACCAUGUACAAGUACAUGUAUGGUACCAUGUACAGGUACAUGUAUGGUACCAUGUACAAGUACAUGUAUGGUACCAUGUACAGGUACAUGUAUGGUACCAUGUACAAGUACAUGUAUGGUACCAUGUACAAGUACAUGUAUGGUACCAUGUACAAGUACAUGUAUGGUACCAUGUACAGGUACAUGUAUGGUACCAUGUACAAGUACAUGUAUGGUACCAUGUACAAGUACAUGUAUGGUACCAUGUACAGGUACAUGUAUGGUACCAUGUACAAGUACAUGUAUGGUACCAUGUACAGGUACAUGUAUGGUACCAUGUACAAGUACAUGUAUGGUACCAUGUACAGGUACAUGUAUGGUACCAUGUACAAGUACAUGUAUGGUACCAUGUACAAGUACAUGUAUGACAGUUUUGAGGACUUGAAGGGCCACAAGAUGAGAAUAGUAACUCCUUCAGAAGGUUUUCCAUACAUAGACUACCAGCGGGUCAGGGAGACCCCGGGAUCACCCGUUGUGUUGAAGGACAGCCUGGACGCCCGGCUCAUCAAGGCCUUCGCUGCCAAGCUCAACUUCACUUUCGAAAUCCACGAGGAAGCGCACCGCACUUGGGGAGUGGAGAUGACUGUGGGCAACUUCAGCGGGAUGAUUGGUCUGCUUCAGCGGGAACAAAAGGACUUCUGUACCGCUACUGGACCAACGGCGAACCGUCUGAGGGUUGUUGAGUAUCUCAGAGGCUAUCCAUCUGAUCCCUCUACGAUAACCUCCCUCAAGCCCUCGCUGCUGCCAAAAUACCUCGCCCUUAUACGCCCAUUUGAAGGAAAGCUGUGGGUGGCGGUGCUGGUGAGUGUGGUGUCGUGGGGCGCGACCCUGUGGUUGCUGCAGAGAGCGUGGCAGAAGGUGGCUGGAGGCCGUCCAGUAGGACUCAUCACCUCCCUCUUGUAUGGUUAUGGUGCUCUCUUGCAGAACCUGCCCUCUGACCCCUCCGUCACCGACACCGGCAGGAUGUUGGUGGGAUGGUGGCUUGUGUUCUGCUUGAUCAUCACUACGGGGUUUUCUUCAUCCUUGAUGGCGCACCUCACUGUGAAGGAAAGAUCGCGGCCACUUGAGACUUUUGAGGACCUGGUGAAUCAGCCUCACUGGAAAUGGGGAACCGAUCACUGGAUGCUAACAGAAGCAGCUGUUGAUUAUUAUACCAAGCAUCCCAAUCCUGUAACCAGGCAUAUAUUUCGUAAAAUGGAGUUGAUGCAGGUGGACGAAGCUCUGAAAAAAGUACUAGCAGGAGGAUUCUCUUACAUCACAUACAAGAACUACGUUACCGUCAUCAUUGAGACUCGCUACUCGGACGCGAGAGGCGACACUCCCCUCUACAUCAGCAAAAAGUCAUUUCCAAUCUUAGCAGCCUUUGGAUGGGGCAUUAGAAAAGGUGCACCAUUUUAUCAACGUUUCACACAACUAAUGACUCGUCUGGAAGCUGCUGGCAUAAUUACCUACUGGACUGAAGACUUGAUGGCCAGGCGGGCGAGGGAGGGCAGGAAGGCUGCAAUGAUCAACGCUACAACCAUCCUGGGAAACGCAAUCCAGGAUGAAGGAGAGGAAGUGGUGCUGAGCCUCAACCAUCUGCAGGGAGCCUUCUACAUGUUGCUGGUGGGGUCCUGCGUCGCCUUCCUCACCCUGCUGGGGGAGAACCUCGCCCACUGCUGCUCCUCGCCUCAGUAACACCUUCCUCACCCUGCUGGGGGAGAACCUCGCCCACUGCUGCU